CAGACUUCAGAUUGCACAGGCUGACUCUAACAUGCAACGAUGCCUUCUCCGAUCCCUGUGAGUCGCCUGCUCCCUAAAGACCUCUACCCCUAUCUUGACAUUGGGACCUGCAGCAGCCCGCUGACUAGACACUCGGACGGUUCCACCUUACAGGUCCCCGUCCAGCGACUGCACGGCAGAGUUGCCAGCCGGCUCUGGUCCUCUGUGAUCUACUGGAAGGAGCUGCGGUCCAUGCAGCCUGUGGGCUCCGGGGGAUUCGGCUCUGUCUACAAGGUGGAGUACCUCGGGGAGACCGUGGCCCUGAAAAAAGUCAAGAAAUGCACAAAGAACAAGUUGGCCUCCCGACAGAGCUUCUGGGCCGAGCUGAACGCAGCACACCUGCGCCACAGAAACGUCGUGCGUGUGAUCGCGGCCACCACCUGCGUGCCGGCGGAUUUUGAAGAUGAGAGCAGCAUCGGAACCAUCCUGAUGGAGUUUGUUGGGAGCAGAAAUCUGCAACAGAUCAUCUACGGCUGUGCAGAGCUGGGGGAGGACCGCUGGCUCAGGUACUCCACAGACAUCGCGCACGGCCUGCAGUUCCUUCACUCGCACAGCAUUGUGCAUCUGGACAUAAAACCAGCCAACGUGCUGGUGUCCGGUGAAGACGUCUGCAAAAUAGUUGAUUUCGGCUGCUCUCUCAAAGUGGACCGUUGCUGUGAGACGAGCACCAUCACCCCCCUCCUCAGCCACAUGGGCGGCACGUACACGCACAGGGCCCCUGAGCUGCUGAAGGGUGAGGAGGUGUCUCCUAAAGCGGACAUCUUCUCCUUCGGGAUCACCCUCUGGCAGCUGAUCACCAGAGAGCAGCCCUACACCGGCGACCGGCAGCACGUGGUCUAUGCGGUGGUGGCGUACAAUCUGCGGCCGCCAGUUCAGGACCAGCCGGUAUUCCGCUCGGAGCAGGGGCGGCUGUGCAGGACUCUGUUGAGCCGGUGCUGGAGCGGAGAGGUCCGAUGCAGGCCCACUGCACAGGAGCUGCUGCCGUACCUGGAGCAGGUGCGCUCCCACAUAUGACUCGGUUUUUACC